CCGAUCAGUCCGAUUCUUCGACAGAUCGCAGGAUCUCCUCUCUGCGGUAGUUGACGGGAGGAGGAGCGCAGAGGAUGUUAUGGAGCAACAUUAGACUCCUCUGGCCCUUAAAAUCAUAAAACUAGUCCAGCGGCCGCCGAUCAGAAUUACAGGACAGCAGGCGACGAUGCAGUGCGGAAACACACGAGUGUGAAUACGUGAAGAUGUCUGCGGAGCAGCAGCUCGAAUGGGUGCGGGCGGAGCUCGAGCGGCUCUCCCGGGAGCUCAGCGAUACCACGCGAGAGAAGAUCCAGGCGGCGGAAUACGGCCUUGCGGUGCUGGAGGAGAAACAGACGCUUAAACAACAGUACGACGAGCUGGAGGCCGAAUAUGAGACCGUCCGUCAAGAGCUCGAGCAGCUGCGGGAGGCUUUCGGACAGGCACACUCUAACCAUAAGAAGGUGGCGGCUGAUGGGGAGAGUCGCGAGGAAACACUCCUCCAGGAGUCUGCGUGUAAGGAGGCGUAUUAUGAGCAGCGCAUGCAAGAGCUACAGGCAGAACUGCGGCAGACGCGCAACAUCCUGGCCAACAGCCAAUCAGAGAAUGAGCGCCUGGCCACCGUCAAUCAGGAACUGAGAGAGAACGGUCAGAUGCUGGAGCUCCAGAGGUCACGUCUGCGUGAUGACAUCAAGGAGUUUAAGUUGAGGGAGUGUCGUCUUCUUCAGGACUACAGUGAACUAGAGGAGGAGAACAUCGCCCUGCAGAAACACGUGUCUGUCCUGAAACAGAGCCAGGUCGAGUUUGAGGGGCUGAAGCAUGAAAUUCGUCGCCUGGAGGAGGACACCCAGUUUCUGAACAGCCAGCUGGAAGACGCCAUCCGUCUGAAGGAGAUCGCUGAGAGGCAGCUCGGAGAAGCCCUGGAAACCAUCAAGACUGAGAGAGAGCAGAAGGCGGCCUUAAGAAAGGAGCUCUCCCAAUACAUGACCAUCGGAGACUCGAUGUACCACAGUCCUCUGAGCAUCUCGCUCGAUGGGCUGAAGUUCAGCGACGACACUGCGAUCGAGCCCAACAACGACGAUCCCAUUUACCAGAACGCUUUCGAGAAAAUCACCAACGGCGAUGACAACCGUGUUUCCACGCCCAAAAAAGGAGAACGUUUCCAUCCAUCCUCCAGCCUGGUGGACAAUCUGCUGAAUGAGCUGAACAUCUCUGAGAUCCAGAAACUAAAACAGCAACUGAUACAGGUGGAGCGAGAGAAGGUGACGUUGCUGUCCACGUUGCAGGAUUCUCAGAAGCAGCUCGAGCAGGCUCACGGAGCCCUGUCUGAGGAACAUGAGAAAGUCAGCCGUCUCACGGAGAACCUCAAUGCUAUCCGCAAGCUCCAGGCCAGCAAGGAGCGGCAGUCCGCACUGGACAACGAGAAAGACCGCGACAGCCACGAUGACAGCGACUACUAUGAGGUGGACAUCAACGGCCCGGAGAUCCUGGAGUGCAAAUACAAGGUUGCUGUGUCAGAGGCGAGCCAGCUGAAGGAGGAGCUCAAAACUUUGAAGGCAGAGCAUUCAGCUUGCCAGUCGCAGUACAAGGAAGAGCGGGUCCAGCUGGAGAGCCAGGUAGUGUCUCUGAGCGCUCAGGUGACGUUCCUAGAGCGCAGCAGCCGAGCGGAAUGCGAGCAGUUGGCGCGGCUCGAGAAAGAGCUUCGGCAGGCCAGCGAAGUGGCGGGUGAAUCCCAGGGCAGCCUUAACGUAGCACAAGAUGAGCUGGCCACCUUCAGCGAGGAGCUGGCCAACCUGUACCACCACGUGUGCAUGUGCAACAACGAAACGCCGAAUCGCGUCAUGCUCGACUUCUACCGCGAAGGUAAGACCGGAGUCGGCGGCCCACAGACCGAAGGCCGUGGCCGGCGCUCGCCCAUCCUGUUGACCCGUGGGCUGUUCCCUGCUGCCGACAACAGCGACGGCGCUUCGUCUCCUAUCUCCUCCGUUCCGUCUCCGAUGGCUGAUCCCCGCAAGGAGCCCAUGAACAUCUACAACCUGGUGGCCAUCAUCCGCGACCAGAUCAGACACCUGCAGCUGGCGGUGGACCGCACUACAGAGCUGUCCCGCCAACGCGUGGCUUCUCUAGAACUGGGUCUCGGGGCGGACCGAGACCAGGAAGCUAGCGUGGAGGAGAUUCUCAAACUCAAAUCGCUCCUUAGCACCAAGAGGGAGCAGAUAGCCACGCUGAGAACCGUCCUGAAGGCGAACAAACAGACCGCCGAGGUGGCGCUGGCCAAUCUCAAGAGCAAAUAUGAGAAUGAAAAGGCCAUGGUUACUGAAACCAUGAUGAAGCUUCGCAAUGAGCUGAAAGCUCUGAAGGAGGACGCUGCCACCUUCUCUUCACUCAGGGCCAUGUUCGCCACACGGUGCGACGAGUACGUGAUCCAGCUGGACGAGAUGCAGAGACAGCUCGCCGCCGCCGAGGAUGAGAAGAAGACUCUCAACUCUCUCCUCCGCAUGGCCAUCCAGCAGAAACUCGCUCUCACCCAGCGUCUGGAGGACCUGGAGUUUGACCACGAGCAGACCCGCCGGGGAGGAGGCACCGGCCGCACCAAAAGCGCCUCCUCACGGGGGAAAUCCUCCCACAACUCCACCCCGUCCCACGCCAGUCAGCCCCCCGCCUGUGGCGAGCCGGCCGGCCGUCCGGGAGCGCCGCUGGUCUUCUGCAGCGAGAAGUAUAAGAUCUACUGCGACUGAUGCAGUUCCUGAUGUAUAGAAACCUGCUCACGCUCCGGCUCAUGCUUCGGCUCAUGCUUGCUCUGCGCUCGCCCGUAACGUGUGUUUGUGUAUUUAGGCCUGCCAGCGUUCUAGUAGCCCAGUCAGGAUGUUUAGUCUGGUGGGUUGGUGAAGGCUGUAGAAGUCGCAGUUGGUUUUUUAACCGUCGUGUCGGUCUGGACAGGCUCACUAUGACACUAUAAGAAAGUGUUUUGACACUGAUUUUCACGCGCUUGGCUCCGAUUAAGUUCGGCGGGUAUGCCGCUCGGCUUUCUUUGUUAAUGUGGUGCUUCUGGCAGUUUUGUGUAUUUAGUGUUAAACGUCUCUCUCCUGCCUCUGAAAUCUGCAGCCCGUCCAAUCAAGCGUUAAGUACAGACGUAACAUGCCAAUUGAAUUGUGCCAUGUCUUUGCUAAAAAGAUUGAAGAAGGAAAUUUUCUCCACGGGUUGAGAUGAAGAGUGACAGGCAGGCGGGAGCGUCCGCUGUCUAUAACAGACUGCAUUUCUAAGAGCUUUAACUCAUCUUAGACUUGAUCACAUGGCUUUACGCAAAGUCAUGGAGAAGGGCUUUACAUGUGCUCGUAGUGAUGUGAUGUCAUAACAGUCUCUGGCCUUAUCUGUGCUUUCAGCUCGAAUCACGAGAGGAUAAAGCCACAUUUCUGUUGUCACAGAAAUCAUCCUGCUUUUACACUAAAGACGCUUCAAGCUAAACAGAAAUGCGUUUAUAUCCUCUGCAGCAGUCGCAGUGUUUGUUUGUUCCUCAAAAAGCAACAGACGAAAUGUGUUGUCGAAUAAUGAAAGCGCUUUGAGUUACGGUGAGCUUGAUUACAUCGCAGGAGAUUUUCUGAGCGUGAAUCAUAGCUGUAGCUUGGAUCUGUUUCUAAAAUGUGCAUUUACCCUGUGUGAACGUGAGCCAGAAGCCGCUCGCGUUCCAACUGCUACAAAGAUGUCAGCGACCUUCAAAGCACAAACCCUGCUUGUGUUAAGGCUUCAGUAAAGCCUUCUUAAAACAUGUAAAUAAAUAGCAAAAAACAGACCAGGAAACGGUUGAGAACGUCUGGUCUGUUCCCAUAGUGGUUUGCUGGUUCUGAUGGGCUAAGUCUAAAUUUGAAGUCAUAUUUGUGCAAACAGAAGGUGGCUUGUCAUCAUCCUGUGGUGGAUGCACAUCCAUAAAAACAGUGUCUGCAAUAAUGGUGAUGCCGAGAGCAAAUUCACUGCAUUCCCAUGAACCUUCACAAAUUUAAGCUUUUAUCCUCGAAACGGUGAGAAUGUGUGUGGCGUUUCAUUGGACUUCAGCGCACUACGAGAAAACCGAACCAACCAAUCAAAUGAAAUCGCUCUUCAAUUUAACUUCACUCCACUCAUUGUUGAGUUUUUGAUGGAAUAUAUAAAAAACUGUAACUUUCUCAGAGAUUUUGUGCUUUACUCCAAUGAUAAGCUUUAUAAAUGAGUUUGUUUGUUUGUCACGCCCAGACGUGUUAAAUAUAUGAUGAAAUCCGUCAAAUAUAGAAUUUGAGAAAAAAGUUCAACCAUCAACUGUCUGCUACAUUCACCUUUAUAUAAAGAGCACAGGGGGAAAAAGCGCAGUGAAGCAUUUUUGUUUGUUCAGUUGACGUUUUUAGUGCUUGUGAAGCCAUAUGACAUCAACAAGUCAACCCAGUUUUAUUUCAUUUAUUCAUGUGAUUGGUUAUGGUCCGAUAUGGAGGGCAGGUUGUUUUCCAAUGUAUUCAGAUGGCAAUUCAAUGUUCAGUACAAAGACACUGGAUGACAUUGACAUGCUUUUGUUUGUUUUUUCCUGAAGAAACUUUAAUAGGAAUUGUGCAGUCCACAAAGUUGAGAGCGUGAAAAAAAAACAACGCUUCAUCAUUUUGCAAUGGGGUUAAAGAAAAACUAGUAUUUUUUUUCUUUAAAUUUUUUUUGUGUUUUUUAUGACCAUUCCUAUGGUAUAGGGGUAUAUAUAUAUAUAUAUAUAUUAUUAUUUUUCUUUGUAUUAAUCUUGUUUGUGGUGUUUUGGUUGAUAUACUUGACACGAGUUUCUUUAUGUACACUCAGUGUGCAGAUGACAAAGAUUAAUAAUCAUGAUCCCUGUUAGUACAUCUGUGAUUGAUUUCAAUUGUAGUCGUACAUCAUGUUGUUUUACUGCCAUGUUUGAAACUAAAACCCCAGACGUUCCGCUGCUGCUUUUUUUCAAAGAGAACCUUAGAAACUUGACAUUGUGGCUUAAUCUGAAAGAGAAAUCUUUGCUAAAAGCUAACCAGCAAAGUUUUGAAAUGAUUCCUUUAAGCACCUUCACUCGAGCUGAAGACGGAUCGCUGACCUGUAGCAUUCAUACAAGAGUACCUCGAUUCAUUCCAAAUUGGAAUGUGUGAAUUCUCUCUGUGUUUAUUGUGUAUUAAGUGUCGUACACUGUUUGGCUACAGAGAUCAGGAGAGGGCAUGGCCUCACUUUUGCUUUUUCGUUUAUAAUCGUCAUUCUGACCAUUAGUGCCUUUUAUGAUUUCACGAGAGAAUCUUAAACUAGCUUUUAGAUGUUUGUCGUUUGUUUGCCCCCACGCAUGAAGAUGUCUCGCUUUCAAUUGAGCAGCAGCAGCAAUAAGUUCAGAAGACGUUCAUUCUGUUGUGCAGAAGCGUGAGGAUCAUUUGAACAAUUAGACAAAUUCAACUGAUUGUACGGAAUUCUUCAGGUCAGUGAUCCUAACAGCUAAUUCAGGGUUUUUAGUAAAAGUUCUUUUUUUCCUCAAACCGUUUAAUGCAACAUUAAUCCGUGUUCGCCUCAUUAUGAACGAAACGUUCCAAGACACGAAAGCCACGUGUUGUGUUGUCGUCUGAGACUGGUGUUAUUCUAGUAUUGUACGGUGAGGUAGUGAGAUGGAUAGUGUUGUUGACAGAAAGUGUGUUUCUUACUGUCUUAUCGUUUGUUUGUUUGUUUUAUAUAUAUAUAUAUUCUUGAGCAUUUUGACAUGGUUAUAUAAGCAUUAUAAAUUCAGGAAACGGAAAACAUUUAGCAUCAACAAGCUAAUGAUGCUCUGAGUGUCACAUCUUGUUUGUUGAGGCACAAAAUUAAUAAAUGCAGUCGGCGAGCAAGGAAAAACUCAAAUUAAGUGCAAUUUAAAACAAAAGUUGUGUGGUAAAUAACGUUUUCUGUUUCCUGGAAAUGACAGCAUUGUUAUUCCACUAGCUGCGCAAACUUUUAUUAUUGUGUUCCAGUAUUGAUCCAUGAGGAACGUUUGAUACCUUUAUAUAAAAUAACUUGAAUUCAUUUAUUUGUAUUUAUUUCAGACGUCGUGCAGUAACUUUAUAAUGUGCAUUAAUACGUCAUAUGCAUGCUUUACUUUCUCACGGUCAUGGAACUUUUACACAGAACUGAAAAUAAAGGUGAAGUCACAAGAUGUUAAAAAAAGAGAAUGGAGGCAGAAUUGUAUCGUUUGGAAAGAUGUGUCUGUGUAGAGGUUAGUCAUGAUGCCUGAUCAAUAAAUACAGUCAAUGAACUUUUCUUGUGUUUUGUCACUUUUCUUGCUGGGAUAUAUUGCUGCGUAUUUCAAGAUCUGGCUGGGAACAAAACACCAAACCCGAGUUCUUCUUUGUGCUUUUUCCUUAAAGUACAGGUAACAUGCUAUUUUGUGCAUUCUGACUUCUUUACACUGUUACAUGCGCUGGCUUCUCAAGCUUAACAUGGUCAACUUGUCAAAAAACGUGUUACACGUAUGAUGUAGUAUUUCUGUGCUCGAUUCACUCCACCAGGGUAGUCUCGCGUAGCAAUGGCCCACCCAAGAGGCCAUAUGACUGACAGGUAAAGCAACCAAUCACAUUUCGUUUUGUGCCGCUCCUGUUUAGAGGCGUGGAAAUGUCCCCGCAGUAACAGACCGGUGUACAUUCACGAACGUGUCAAAAGUUAACA